AUGAUCAAGAAAACCAUUAACUGUUUCUCGAGUAGAGAAAGAAUGGAAUUGAAAUUUGGACUUUUAGCGGCUGAAUUCAUACUGUUGGUAUUGGUGAUGGGAGAUGCAGUGUCAAAAAACGUACGGAAGAAGAGGUAUAUAACAUUUCCGAAAGGAAGUACCCUAUCGGUUCAAAUAUGCCUCACUUACCAAAUGGGCAUCACGCCAGGUUACAUUUUUACAGAGGCUGUAAAUUGGGGCAUAAACUACCCCCUAGAAAAAAAAGAAGAAAUGAUGACCACACCCGACACUUCCGAAGAGACGGCAGUAAGAAGAGAAAAACGCAGUUUGCUCGGUAAACUUGAAAAAAUGUUCUACCACAUGGGUUACCAUGGGAGAGAUUGUAUUCUGAGAUCACUCUGCGAAUUUUCCUCUAUUUUCAAAAAUGCCGAUAAAACAAUCGAAAGAGAACUCUUGAAGAUAUUUUUCGAGUACACCAGCGAGUGGCCCAUAGAAUACGAGACGAAAGAAGAUGAAAUAUAUCAUAGAGCUCAGAUGACAGGACAAAAUGGCGAUCCACGUUCGUGUUACGAAGCUUAUCCGAAAUGUCAUUUUUCCCUGAUCAAUGUACUCAUUGGAAAACACAGUAUAGAAAAUAUGCUUGAAUAUAUGCGAAAAUAA